CCAGCAAUUCCAACAUACCUCCCUUUUGCCCAUUCUUCAACCAUGCCUUCAGCACCCGACAUUUAUGCACAGAAAACAACCGUCGUCGCAACAGCGCAUGACGUGCAAGCCACCAAUGUGAUUAUCGCCGCAAGUGUAAACGAGGAGCCAAAGACAGUUGUAUCGACGGACGCUGCGAAUUUAUCAGAGAUUACUAUGGCGACAAUGUUGGGUGCAAGUGCAGGCUUUGCAACCAAAAAGAUGGCAAAAACGGGGGGUUUGGUCAUCGGGAUUGGGUUUAUGGGAAUACAAGCCCUCGUACAUGCCGAUAUCCUCAAAGUCAACUGGCCCCGCGUAGAAUCCCUUCUUAUCGGUAAAAUCGACCAAGACGGGGACGGAAAAUUCACGCAUAAAGAUAUUCAGAUUGGUGCUACGAGGAUGUUACGGAAUCUUACGACGGAUUUACCGUCUAGUGCGGGGUUUGCUGCGGCUUUUGCGGUUGGGUUUCGGUAUGGGUGAUUGUUGGAAUGUUUGUUUUUUUGGAUGGGGUAAAAGUUCGAUUAGGGUUUGAACAAGCGUGGAUUUUUGGAACAAUGAAUAGAAGGAGUGUUGUGAGAUUUAUUUUCUUAACGAUGCGGGUGAUGGAAUAGAUGGUAGGGAUGUUGUGUCAUGUACUCUGUAGCUCAUACAAUAGAAAAUCAGAUGAGAUUUACUAGUGUCA